AGGAAAGCAAGAUAGAUGUGAACGCGCGGUUCGGCAAGGCAGAGAAUUCUUCUUGUAAUUCUAAACCGUGUUGAUUUUUUAAUCCCCAAACGUGCUGAUAGGAGCCAAUGGUUAACAUAAAGUUCGCAUGAAAGGAGAGGAAGUAAGUGAGGGAGAAAACAUGGAGAAGAAUGAGAGAGAAAACAUGGAGAAGACUGAGAAUGGAGGGUUAGGAACAGAAAAGACUGAGAUCAAUGGAACUCUGGAGCUGGAUAUGAAAGCUGAUAGUAACGAUGAACCUGAAAUUAACUAUAGAGGAUGGAAAGCCAUGCCUUUCAUCAUAGGUAAUGAAACGUUUGAAAAGCUGGGAGCCAUUGGUACACUAGCCAAUCUCUUGAUCUAUCUGACUUCUGUCUUCAACAUGAAGAGCAUAACAGCUGCUACAAUUAUCAAUAUCUUUAAUGGCACCACAAACUUUGGUACUAUGAUUGGAGCUUUCCUUUGUGAUACUUAUUUCGGCCGCUACAAGACGUUGGGGUUCGCUACAGCUGCUUCUUUCUUGGGGUUGCAAACAAUUCAAUUAACUGCGGCAAUCCACAAUCUGCAUCCUCCUCACUGUGCGGCAGAGAGUGCGACAUGCAAAGGGCCAACAGUAGGACAAAUGGCAUUUCUGUUGUGCGGGUUCGGUCUAAUGAUAAUAGGUGCUGGUGGUGUUCGGCCAUGUAACUUGGCAUUUGGAGCGGAUCAAUUCAAUCCUGAAACAGAGUCAGGAAAGCGAGGUGUCAAUAGCUUUUUCAAUUGGUACUGCUUCACCUACACUUUCGCCCAGAUGGUAUCCUUGACCCUCAUAGUGUAUGUGCAAUCCAAUGUGAGUUGGACUAUCGGUUUAGCGAUUCCAGCACUUCUUAUGUUGAUAGCAUGUGCUGUCUUCUUCAUGGGUUCAAAAAUAUAUGUCAAAGUGAAAGCCACUGGUAGUCCAUUUACUAGUGUAGCACAGGUUAUCGCAGUUGCAAUCAAGAAAAGGCGACUAAAACAGCCAGACCAUCCUUGGCUCUCUCUCUUUAAUUACGUUUCUCCUAGUUCUAUCAACGCCAGGCUCCCUUAUUCAGAUCAAUUCAGAUUUCUAGACAAAGCAGCUAUAGUGACUCCCGAAGACCACAUAAACCCUGACGGAUCGGCGGCAAAUCCUUGGAAACUGUGCAGUAUGCAGCAAGUGGAAGAAGUAAAAUGCGUUUUGAGAGUGCUUCCAAUAUGGUCUGCAGCCCUUGUGUAUCAUGUUGCUAUUGUUCAACAACAAACUUAUGUAGUUUUCCAAGCCCAGCAAAGUGAUAGACGUCUUGGAAACAGCAACUUUAAGAUCCCAGCUGCAACUUAUGUUGUCUUCUUCAUGCUUGUCAUGACUCUUUGGAUACCUGUAUAUGACAGAAUUUUAGUCCCGUGUCUCCGAAGACUCACCGGAAGAGAAGGCGGCAUCACACUGCUUCAGAGAAUGGGAAUUGGGUUAGCUUUAUCUGUAAUUUCAAUGUUAGUAUCAGGCGUUGUUGAAGAGCACCGGAGGACAGUAGCUCUGACCAAGCCAACUCUAGGGAUUCAACCAAGAAGAGGCGCCAUUUCAUCAAUGUCAGGUAUGUUGCUAGUUCCUCAGCUUGCAGUAGCUGGACUUGCAGAAGCAUUUGCGGCCAUUGGACAGACGGAAUUCUAUUACAAGCAAUUCCCAGAGAACAUGAGAAGCAUUGCAGGGUCACUCUUCUAUUGUGCUUUAGCAGGUUCAAGUUAUUUGAGUGGUCUAUUAAUAGUUGUAAUUCACAAAACAACAGAAGGAUCUGCAACUGGUAAUUGGUUAGCUGAAGAUCUGAACAAGGGAAGGUUAGAUUAUUAUUAUUACGGGAUUGCUGCUUUGGGGACUCUGAAUUUUUGCUACUUUUUAGUAUGCUCUAGGUGGUACAAGUACAAAGAGAUUGUCUCCAUUACCCUUGAAGACAAUGGAGAGCAAAAGCAAUCAGAUAAAGCUUUAGUUUGAUGUUUAUGUUCAUAGAAGAUAGAAUUCAUGGAGAUGUCACAUGAUUGUGGGCAGAUAUUAAUAUAGCUUUUAGGCUAUGGAGGAUGAUAAAUAAAAUUAUUACUUCUUAGUUUGCUAA